CCAUACAUUUAUUUAAACAUAUGCUUAAAAAAGUAGCUUCCUUGAACAUAUUAUUGAAUUUUCCAACUGUCAUAACCUUUUCUCAAUGAAUCAUAAUCAUCUGUGGUGUGCCUUUUAACCAAAUUUGGUUUAUUGUUUUGGAACUUCUCGUAGGAGUUAAGAUAUUUGAUUACCAGGUGUGCAAUAAAACCCUAAGAAUAACAAUAAAAUCCUCAGAAAUGGAGGCUACGAGCAAAGCAAUUGAAUUGGGCGACAAAAAAUCAUAUGCUGGCAUCCCAGAAGCCGAAUUUGUGGAAGAUGUAGAUGCUUAUAUGGCACGAUCUGAUAAUGUAGAUGGUGUGGAUGAAGUUUUGAAACGGUUGGAUAAUCAACAUGCAAAAUAUAAAUUCAUGGAAUAUAACCUAGCAUCUAAAAAAAAACGUUUACAAAAUCAAGUACCAGAACUUAAAAGGUCCCUUUUAACUAUUGAAGAAUUGGAAAAGCAAGAAACGGAGUUUGAAACUCAGUUUUUACUUAGUGAACAAGUUUUUGCUAAGGCUAAAGUACAACCAACACAGAAUGUGUGCCUUUGGCUAGGAGCUAAUGUAAUGUUAGAGUAUACUUUAGAAGAUGCUAAAAAGUUACUGAGUCAAAAUAUUGCAGCAGCUACACGAAAUUUAGGAUAUGUAGAACAUGAUUUGGAUUUUUUAAGAGACCAAUUCACAACAACAGAGGUCAACAUGGCAAGAGUUUAUAACUGGGAUGUAAAAAGGAAGCAAGCAGCAAAGGCCAAAUGAAAAUUAGCGACAUCUUCAAUGCACAUAAAAUAAUAAAUACAAGAAGAGUCAUUACCUAGAUUGUAUUUUAUUGAAGCUUUCUUUUGUGUAUCUGAUAUUUAUUACUUGAAAUCACAACUUAUGCAUUCAUUUUCAGAUAACUCAAAAUUGUUUCACUGUCAUUUGGGACUAUAAAUCAUAUUCUGAUUACCCAGAUUUAUUUUUUGAUGACCUAAUAAAAUUUCAGUGAAAAUUU